AUGACGAACGACACCAAGGAAGUAAUUUCGCUAAAACUCUUUAUUUCAGGAAGCCUGGGAUACCUGGGAGGAGCUGUUGGGUGUUGUGUGAGUGCACCACUAGUAGUGAAGCUUGGUCGUCGAGUGACUCUCCUGGUGACCCUGCCCAUCAUUGUAGCUUCAUGGCUCAGUCUCGCACUUUCUCAAACUGUCUGGCUGAUCUUAACUAGUCGCACCAUUCUGGGUUUCACCAAUGGCAUCACCUUUACCGCUGCUUUCCUAUAUACCAUUGAAAUUGCUCAUAAGAACAUUCGUGGAAUUCUUUCUGGAAUUAUUACCUUAGCUAGACUAAUGGGACUUCUAAUGGUGUCUAUUCUAGGAUUUUGCAAGCUCGACUGGCGACAAAUGGGCUUCGUUUGUUGCGGAGUGUCUGGAAUUCCUUUCUUUUGCCUCAUCUUCCUGCCUAACUCCCCCCGUUGGCUCGUCACUCAAGGUCGUCUUAGCGAAGCUCAGAAAGCUCUUGUUUUUUUCGGAGGUAAACAUUAUGACUCUGAGCCAGAAUUACAGGAUAUCACACAACAAGUUAGCAAUGUAGAUAAGAAACUAGACAGUUCUUGGCAACAAAUGCUGCUGCUGUUUGAACAACCAACUGUUCGCAUGUUCUUGUUAUUCACUGUUUUAAAUCUCUUCACAGGUAUGAAUGGAUGCUUUGCAAUAAUGUCAUAUUCAGUGCCCAUUUUUCAGGCAGUGGACUUCACCCUUGACCCAUAUAUCAGUGCCAUCAUAUUUUACGGUGUGAGGAUUUUUGGAAAUUUUGUUCAUCUUUUUGUAAUUGACCGUCUGGGGCGCAAACCACUGAUCAUAGUUUCUUUAUCUUUGUGCUCGUUGUGUAUGGCUACUUAUGGUGUAUACUUUUACAUGCAUAAGACAGGAUAUGUUAGUGAUAUGGGAUGGAUACCUCUUACAGCAACAAUGAUAUUUAUCUUCUUUUUCGGCACUGGCUUUCCUGCUUUAUUAAUACUGAGUGGGGAGCUUCUGCCUUUAACAUGUCGAUCUAUUGGAAAUUCAGUGUUUUCCUUAUUAUUAGCGUUUGGAAACUUUAUAUCAGCUUAUAUCUAUCCCAUGACAGUAGAAGCAAUUGGUGAACACGGGACUUUCUGGCUCUUCAGUGGUGCUAGUGCAGUUGUAACCAUUAUCAGUGUUGUUGCUCUUACAGAGACUCGUGGACGCUCACUGGAAGAGAUCACGGGAAAUCACAUUAACAACUGGUAUCAAACAACAAAACUCUGAAAGUAACACCAACACUGCCGUAGCCUCCCACUGUGUAUUCAUAUGAACAUAUAUGAUGGUUACUGUAUUAUAUACCAUUUUGGAUUCUUCUGCUAUUAAUCAUUUUUAAAGGAAUUUGUUUUGUUCUUUAUAAUAUUAAAUCAAUUGUUUUCAUAUUACAUAUGAUGUAAUAUAACAUGAUAUUUAAAAAAAUAAAGGCUAAUUUGAAAAUUAA